CGUAAUUUUCUUUCUUUCCCUAUUUCUCCUUUCCCUUCUCUCUCAUCCCUUCUCUUUCUUUUCUCUCGUACCGUUUCCUAGACCCAUCCUUCUUUUCUCUUCUAUUCCACUCCUCUUUUUCACCCAAUGUCCUCUUUCGUAUCUACGAUUCUCCAGCACUCUGCUAACCGAAUCGACGACAUGCCUUUUCUUGGAUCUCGCUCAAAACGACAGUCCCUUCCAACAGGCAGUAGCAGCGGCAUGGCGGGCAAUAACUAUCAUCAGCAACAACAACAACAGCAGCACCGUAGCAGUGCCGAGUAUUAUCAUCCUCAUCAUCCGCAUCAUCCGCACUAUCCUCAAACCAACAAUAUGUCCAUGGCAGUAUCGUCUCCACCACCGUCGUAUGAAGCAAUGAUGAUGCAAAGCCCGUCACCAACACCUAGCACAUCUUGGACUUCGGAUAUGAAUGCAUUAGCCGAUAGAAUCAAGGAUGACGAUUAUAUGACUAGCAGCAGUAAUAAUAACAACAGUAAUGCAAACAGUAAACAACUGGUGGUGCAGCAGCUGGAUCGACGUAGUAUAUCUCAGGGACUCAAGCUGGUUUCGAUCGCCGCAGACGAAUACGAUGGGGGCAACGAGGCUGUGGCGCUGGAUAUCUACCUGACAGGCCUCGACAAGAUCCUUAUGGCCUUACCAAAUAAAACGGAUCCAAAGACCAAACUGGCUCUUCGCGAGAAAUUAUUAAGUGUCGAGGAACGAGUGGGGAUCCUGAACCUUGCAAGUCAGCACAACAACAAUAACAACAACAGCGACGAUGUCGAUGGCACCAUUGAAACGAUCCAGACCAAAGGGUCUCUGCAGUCAUAUAUCUUUUCCCGGAUCACGACAACCAUUAGCACCAUCAGCAAUAUCAGCAGUCAUGCCGAGACACGUUAUGAGCAUGUGUAUCAGGAAGAAGAGGAUCUUAGCCGACGUAGCAGCAAAAGAAGGGGCAAUAGCUCUAGAGAUCCACUGAACCGGUUCAAGCGGUUUGGUCAAUUCGUUGUUCAGAUGACUGUCACUAUGGCCAUCCUUAUCAAGCAAUCCCCAUUGCCAGAUAUCUUUUGCUUUUUGUUUGGCUAUUUUAUCCAAUUCUUGAUUUGGUUCGAUAGCCAAUAUCAUGUUGUUGAACGAGUCCAAGAUUUCGGAGUCGAAUGUCUGAAAAUGCUUUUGCAGGCAGACGAAGAGUACCGGCUGCAUGAACUUGUAUCUGAAGCCGUGUACAUGUUGGUUGCAGCAGGAUUAAAGGCUGUUGUGGCGUUCAAAGAAGCCCCCGGAUACAAGGAACAGCACCAGCGAACUUCCUCUUCUUCUCCUCAACGUCGUCACCAUUUUAGCAAUCGAAGCUUUUCUUCUCCGCCUCCUUCUCCAGUUGUCAAAAACAGCAACAAAAGCCGAAUUACCUGGUCCUGGACGCCUUGGUAGAGGGGAGAAAAGAAUAAUGCUUACACCCGCCACCAGCAAAUACAAAGAAAAUAAAAACAGCCGCCAUAGUUACUUUAACCCCAUUUUUGUCAAAAAUAGCAACUCUGCAAGACUUACGUACACUCGCAUUUACAAACUAGCACCACCUCCCUCGUUACCCAUUCAUAACAUUCCUUUUUUUUGGAUAAUGCGCAAAUAAAUAAUAAUCAAUUUGGAAGAAAAAGAA